AUGGUUCAGUAUUUGUUUAGCGAAACGGAGCACGUUGUUGACUCAGAGCGAAAAAUGGGUUUCGUGGUUACAACUAGGACGGUUAUAGCACAGUUUGGUAUCGCAAUGCGGACACAACUUGAUCAAAACUCUCGCUUGGAAGAAGCUUGUGGAUUAUACAACAAGAACAAAAGCUCUUGCAGUGAUGACUGUAGCGAGUGGGUGAGUGUAGCAACGACUGAAAGUUGCGAUGAGAUUUUGAUUUUAGGCUUCAUAAUAUUUUUGUACAUGUCGCGAGAAUCAAGGCCAAAAAAAAACCUCAAAUAUACGAAAAGCCUGUUGUUUUCUUUACAUGAAACAAUAACACGAGCAGCAGUAGCAAAGCACAAAGUUAUGAGAUUGAACUGA